UGCCGCGACCGUGCAACGCGCAGUGAUAUCGCUCGUGGUUGAAUCGCGAUGACAGGCCCGCGAGGUCCCUGCGUCCGAAACGCGUAGGAUCUCAUCGACGGAUAUGAUGGAGGUGCAGCAGCAGCACUCGCCGGCGGGGGUGGGACCGCUCGACUUCUCCCGGCGAGGUGCUGCCGAAGCCUCGGCUUUCCGCGUCGUCAAGCCCAAGCAGCAGCAGCAGCAGCAUCAGCAGCAGCAACAACAGCAACAGCAACAACAACAGCAACAGCAACAGCAACAGCAGCAGCUACCGCAGGAGACAAAUAAUAAUAACGAGGCCGUGCAGGAGAGUACGAGAUUGAGUGCCGCCGAGUCCGAAGGUUGCGACGUGCGGUUGAUGUUCCCACGACUGUGGGCUCCAUUCACCAACGCAAAUGAAGUCACGAACUUGCCACCAUUUCCAAAAUCUGAUUCAGAACGAUUGUCAUUCGGUGUGGGCCGUUUGGUUGGUUCGCCACUCUCGAGAAGUCCCCGAAGGUCGCCUUCGCACUCGCCCUGUCCGGAUUCGCCACGCACCGAUCACCAGGAUACCGAAGUCGACGUCGACGCCGAGGACGAGGAGAUCGACGUCGACGUCGAGGAGGUCGGGGAUGAGGAUGACCACGAGGGCACCGGCUCCAGUCCCCCGAGGUCUGUGUCGCCGCCCUCGCCACCCGCCGUCACGCGAAACACAUCGUCCAAUCUUCCGAGAAGAUCGGGCGAUUCGUUUAGCGUCAGUGCUCUCCUGAGGCCGGAUCCGCCCUCGGCUCACUCCCAGAACAACGGCAGUAACCCGGUUUCGCACCAGACGACAUCCAUCCUCUACCCACCACUGCAUAUUCAGAGUGGCGUUGUCUUGCCGCCGCACCCGCACCAUCCCUUAAGUUACUUACACCCCCAGCUGCUACCCCAUCAUCUAUUGCCGCCGCACCUGCAUCCGCUAUUGCGUGGCGUCCAUCCGACUACUGCGACCCAUCCGGGACUCCACACGACUCACGGACCCCACGGCCUUCAUCAUCCCCAUCCGCUCGGGGAUGUAUAUAGCUGCGUUAAAUGCGACAAGAUGUUCAGCACCCCUCACGGGCUCGAGGUUCACGCGAGAAGGUCACACAAUGGCAAGAGACCUUUUGCCUGCGAGCUCUGCAACAAAACCUUCGGCCACGAAAUCAGUCUGACGCAGCACAGGGCCGUACAUUCCGCGGAGAAGGUCUUCGAGUGCAAACAGUGCGGCAAAGCCUUCAAGCGAUCGAGUACACUAAGUACUCAUCUGCUCAUACACUCGGAUACGCGACCCUAUCCCUGUCAGUUUUGCGGUAAGCGCUUCCACCAGAAGAGCGACAUGAAGAAGCACACCUACAUACACACAGGUGAAAAGCCGCACAAAUGCCAAGUUUGCGGCAAGGCCUUCUCCCAGAGCAGCAACCUCAUAACCCAUUCGCGCAAGCACACGGGUUUCAAGCCCUUCGCCUGCGAGCUCUGCGGCCGGGCAUUCCAGCGGAAGGUCGACCUGCGCCGCCACCGAGAGACCCAGCACGCGGAUCUCGGGGCCGGGGCUGCGGCCGCCACCGCACCCCCGCACCACCGCUCGCCCAUUACCGCCCUCGCAGCCAAUGGACUGUCCCCGGUCGCCAACUCGACGAUCAUGCAGUGAAUCGGGAGCGGAACGACCCGCCGACGCGCCGAGUCUCCGAUGCCGAGGAUGCGAGUAUCUCCGAGCGAUCGAGGGUCGUGUGAAUGCGAGGCGCCCGGAUACCUAUACGUUACGUGGAUAAAAAGGUCCUUAGACCUAAAAAUUACGUGGUCUACGGGACGCCCAUUGG